AUGCUGACUCGGCGCGGAGUGCCCCGCCGCGCAGCCCGCCCCGCUCCGCCGCGCUCCCCCGGCCGGCCCGUGGCUGCGGAGCUGCUUCGUCUGCCCCCAGCUCGGAAACCAGCCGCGCUGCGCCCCCGACAGAGCGAGUCGGCCGGCAAGAUGUGGAAGGUGCCGGUUCUGCUCUUCGUUUUGGGAAGCGCAUCGCUGUGGGUCCCGGCAGGAGGAGCCAGCACGAGCCGGCCAGAAGAUGACAUUGAGACUCCAGGUGUAAAAGAUGACCUUGUGACACCAGGUGCAGAAGAUGUGGCAACUGCAGGUGCAGAAGAUUUGGCAACCCCAGGAGCCACUGAGGAGCCCUCUAAGCCCGCUGGCCCGACAACCCCGGUGGCAACGAGUACAAAGAGCGCAACGAACCCUGACAUCGAGGAUCUGCCAACCCUGGAAAGCACAGUCCACGCCAAAGAAGAGAGCCAGACCGCCACAGCCCCAAAUGUGGCGACCAGCCACUCCACAGAUAAUGUGGGUGGAGAGACGCGGAUAACAAUUGACAAAGAUGGUUUGACGACAGUGACCCUGGUUGGAAUCAUAGUUGGGGUCUUACUAGCCAUUGGCUUCCUUGGUGGGAUCAUCGUUGUGGUUAUGAGAAAAAUGUCGGGAAGGUACUCGUAAGUAAACAGCU